AUGCAUUUCCUCGCCCCCUUAAUUCCAUUCCUUCUUUCGGCUACAACCCUAUCCCAAGCCGCUCCCACAGGGAACAGUAUCAAAACCGAUACCACCAACAUCACCCAGAUCAACGCCUCCAAAUUACCCGUCGGAGCCAUAAUCACCCACUGUACCACUCCAGGCACAAUCGCCCUUACUUUUGAUGAUGGCCCGUACAUCUACACCCCCCAGAUACUAGAUACACUCGCCGAACAUGGCGUAAGAGCAACCUUCUUCCUCAACGGCCAUAACAGAGGAAACAUCGAUACCUCCCCCGAGAUAGUUCAGCGUGCAUGGAUGGAAGGACACCAGCUGGGGUCUCAUACAUGGAAUCACCCAUCCCUCGACACCCUGCCAUACGAAGAAAUCGUGCACCAAAUGACAAUCCUCGAAGAAGCCUUCCUGCGCAUCCUAGGCUUCUUCCCGACCUACAUGCGCCCCCCGUUCCUCAGACAUACGCCCGUCGUUCUCGGCGCCAUGACUGAUCUGGGAUACCAUGUCAUUGGGGCGAGUGUUGACACGAAGGACUUUGAGAAUGAUAAUCCUGAUACAAACUGGAUUAGUUUUGAGAAGUUCAAGAGGGAGGUUGAUGCCGGUGGGACGAUUGUGUUGGCGCAUGAUGCACAUCAGUAUACCGUCGAGAUUUUAGUCGAUAAUAUGCUUGCGGAUGUUGAGAGGAGGGGGUUGAGAGCUGUUACUGUUGGCGAGUGUCUUGGUGAUCCGCCUGAGUAUUGGUACCGUGCUGGGAGGUAG